AAUGGUGAAAAUCUGCCCUGGAAUCCUUCUCCUGCUCAGAGAAACAAUUUGGUGCUAGGGAAGCGAGGUGUUAUCAGGGUGCCAGUAGGCAGAGUUUGGAGGCAACGCUAUCAGAGAGAAAUGUGCUGCCACAGGAUUAGGUUUACUGUGCACACAUGUUUUUGGAUGCUGAGGCAUAACUCUGUGCAUUAAUCCAAUACACUGUCCAAUACACUGCACAGUUGGAUCAGUUAAUGCCGAUAGUCGUGCCCAUUCAGCUUGUGGACUUACUUGGAUAGCUGUGUCAUUAUACACCUUUAUACUAAUUUGGAAGAUAAUGUCAAAAGGCAAGUUUCAGGAUGAUUUCCCUCCCUUGUUGAUGUAGAGAGUGCCUAUAUCCCGAUCCAAGUAGACAGAUGGCCGCAACUCACGCCUAGGAUGGGAUUCCCAAGGAAACGCCACGUCUGGAUUGUGCUCACAGCCAUUACUCUGGUCUUCUGUGUCAUCCUGAUCUUUGAUGGUCAGGCCCACUGGAGGCUUAACUCAAAUAUGCAUCUUGAUGACACAGAUCUCUCAGAGGGGUAUGGAUUCCGCAAGCUCCUUGAAGACCCCCUUGCCAGGAUUGAACGACUCCGCAGUGAAGGUAUGGAGCAGAGGCUGCCGCAGUGUAUCAUCAUCGGGGUACGCAAGUGUGGGACCCGUGCCCUGCUAGAGUUCCUCGAUCUACAUCCCAAAAUCAGAAUAGCUGACAUGGAAAUGCACUUCUUCAAUAAGGAUGAAAACUAUGAGAAAGGUUAUGAAUGGUACACAAAGUACAUGCCUUUUUCAUUGAAUACGGACAUUACUAUUGAGAAGACACCUAGAUACUUCAUCUCAGAAAAUGCACCCGAACGAAUACAGAAGAUGAACCACAGUAUUAAAUUGAUUGUGAUUUUCAGAAAUCCAACUACGCGAGUUAUUUCAGACUAUGCUCAAGUGUAUCAAAAUAAGGUGGAAAGGAAUUACUCUGUUGAAAGGUUGGAGGAUAUAGUGAUCAGUAAACGGACAGGGCGUGUAAAUACUGGAUAUAAGGCUGUUAGAAUUAGCAUGUAUUAUUACCACUUAACUCAUUGGCUGCAGUAUUUCAACAGAGACCAGAUUCAUGUUGUAAAUGGAGAUAAUCUCAUUGUGAAUCCGUUGGAGGAGAUUCAUGAAGUUGAAACCUUUCUCGGAUUAAACCAUCAUGUUACAGAGACCAAUGUUUACUUCAAUGAAACUAGAGGAUUCUUUUGCAUGAACUCUGUCGAUAAACAACACUGUCUGGGUGCUACUAAAGGGCGGAAACACCCAAACAUUGACAGCAAAAUUGUUAAGAAAUUGAAGAAUUUCUAUCGGCCAUACAACAGGAAGUUGUUUGCAAUGAUAGGUAAAGAAUUUGACUGGGAUUGAAGAGUCUGUGUAAGGAAAGCAAUAUGAAUAUGAAUAGUCAGUGCUUGUAGUCAGUUCCAUUAUCUUCCAGUAUUAGAUUGUGAUAUAGAGAGGAAUUUAUGUUAAACUGCAGAGACUUUGUAAAGAACAUAUUUUCCUAAAAAAUGUACAAUGUUUAAAGCAUUAAUGUAAAUAUUAUGUCUUUAACUCAUUACCUGAUUAGAAUUGCAUAAAUUAGAAACAAGUUUUUGCAGUGUGUAUGCAAGCUGACAAAGGACAUUGAAUGGUUUUCUAUGAGAAACAAAUCUAUCUGUGAUCAAUAGCAAUACAAUGUGUUCUAGAGGAGAUAUUAAAAUUGUCAUGCAUUUUAUAUUAAAGUGCAAUGUAAUGUACAUAGAACUGUGCUCUUGCCAUAUGUUGUUUGUGUUUGUGACCUUGGAGAGUUUCAAGGUCAAGGUCAUUAUCCAUUCUCAGGUCAAACCCUGCAAUCUUCGUGUACCUGUGCUGUUUACUCGUCAGUGUGUUAUUAUGAUCAGUUUAGGCGAUACAUUUAUGCAUUACUGAAUCAUAUUGAAUAAUCAUUUAUGUUCUUGUGUGAGUUUUCACCAAGUUACUAUGAAUUGGUACUUAGUAAAUUAUCUUAAUUUUGUUU